AUGGCCAGAGUCCACCGUCUUCACUGGGACCCAGAUGACCCAGCAGUAUACUUCGAAACGUUUUUUGCCAUUGGCCUGAUCAUGUCCAGUUGGCGUUUGUUCUACUUCUUCGAAAUGGACAAAAACUUCCGAGCCGUCAUUGUGUCGGUAGGCAGAUGCGUGCGACACGUUUUUCUGUAUAUCUGCCUUUACACUAUCAUUAUAAUUGCCUUUGGGAUCGGCGUUCACUUUUUGUACAAAAAUUACGCCGGCAAUGUGGUGAUAAUCAAUGGCAGAAGAGUGGAGCAAACGCGGUACAUGACCACACUACUGAGCUGCGUUCGAUAUCUCUAUUGGGCGUGGUACGGUUACCUGCAUCCAACGUUCAAACUGAUGGUAGCUGUUGGAAACAGAGGACCGGAAGAAACAGUGAUGGAAAACAGAAUGGUCAAUUACGCCGGAGAGCUGAUUUGUGGAAUUUACUACGUCAUUACUGUCGUAGCUCUUGUUCACCUGAUGACUUCAAUGAUGGCAAAAACUGCUUCUAGGAUUUUAGCAAACGAAGACAUUGAAACAAAAUAUGUACAGUGCCAGAUUUCAGCCGAGUACUUCCAAGACUCACGAUCCGUUCCGCCGCCGUUUAACCUCAUUCUCUUCACUGUGAACGGCGUCCUUUAUGCAUUUCGAAAACUGAUAAACUGGAUGAAGACCGCCUAG